UCUUUGAUGGGCUCAGGAUCGGAAGAUGAAGAUGAAGAUGAACACCUGAGGCCUGGUUUGGGGUUGGGAUCACUUGGGCCAAACGAUGGACCCCUUGGUGCCUCGGACCUAUCCGUGCAAAGUAUGAGCACGGACAGUAAAACAGGUCAUGAUGAUAGUGACCAGGGUUCGUUAGAUGGGGAUCCUGACUGUCGGGGGGACUCACAAGCGGAAAAUAAAAGUCCUGACGAUGGUGGGGGAUCCAAACGCAGGGGUCCUCGAACAACGAUAAAGGCCAAACAGUUAGAAGUGUUAAAAACUGCAUUUAGUCAAACACCCAAACCAACGAGGCAUAUUAGGGAACAGUUAGCCAAAGAAACUGGACUGCCAAUGCGAGUAAUACAGGUGUGGUUUCAGAACAAACGAUCGAAAGAGCGAAGGUUAAAGCAGCUUACCAGCAUGGGUCGAGGGCCAUUCUUCGGAGGUGCUCGAAAAAUGCGUGGAUUUCCGAUGAAUUUGUCACCAGGAGGACUGGAUGAACCAGGAUUUCCUUAUUUUGCCACCGAUGGCAAGUUUGAUUUUGGUUAUGGUGGGCCUCCUUUUCAUCCUCAUGAUGCGCCCUUCUUCCCUGGUCAUCCUGGUGCUGGACCAAUGCCUUUCAACACUCCCGGAGGACCAAUGGAUCACGCCGGACCGAUCCCCAUGGUGAACGAGUUUGGUGGUAUAACACCGGAGACGAACUUUCUCAAUCAGCCAAAUGGUCCACCGGGAAAUGCUGCCGCAGGUGGUGGUCCACCUGAAAAUAUGAUCGGUGGUCCAAGGCCUGGAAGCCCUGAAUUUAUGACGUCUGGAAAUUUUUCCGAACCUCAGAACAUGCAAAACGAAGGACUGGUUUGGUAAAAAUUACUAAUUUUUUUUAGUACUGUUAAAUGAUAAUUACAGGUUUAGUAAUUUAUUUGUUUUCGUUGAGUAUUUUAUAAUUAUUGACAAGUCUAGAGAGUGAGAAAGAAAGAGAGAGAGAGAGAGAGAGAAAA